AUUAGCCACAAUUGACAAAUUAACAAGAAAUACGAAAACUUAAUUCUCGCUCAUUGCCAAUCAAUCUGAAAACGAUUGAAAUCCAAAGGUUACAACUGAACAGCAAUAUUAUCCAAUAAUUCCAGUUAAACAAAUGUCCAGCAACAAGUAACAUGGUUACCAUUUGAAUCUUUUCCGUUGUUGUUGUUUGUUUGUUUUCUUCUUCUAUUUCUUAAUUGUAACUAAUUCGUUCGCAAUUGUUGUCUAAUUAACUUCCAACAAUUUGUUAACUUUUCUAAUAUAAAAUGUACAUACCUGUUAAUUGUUAAUCUUUUCUCUGUAAAUUAAUAUUUGGUGUCCAUUUGUGUCUUUGUUUUGAUGAACCGUUUUCCUUUUUUUCACCAAAAAAGGUAAAAAGAGAAAAGAAAAUUUUUUUUUUCUCUUUCUUUUUUCUUUCCUCUUUCUCUGUUUCUCUUUGUAAACAAAAUUGAUUAUCUGGAUUAACUAAUCUGGAUAUACAACUAACUCCUCUCCAAAUGAGCACAAGGAACCGCCGUUCAAGUAAUCGUAACAAACCAUCAUCAUCACCAGCAACCGUUGACCAUCAGCUCGCCAAUAGUACCAACAAUUUAAGUGAUAAUAAGACAACAAUUAGGAUUAAGAUUGAGGAUAUUAAGGAAAGCAAAUCCAUUGACCAUUUAGCUAAUUAUGAUCAACAUCACCAUGAAGAAGUUACAUCAACAACAAUAAUUGAUUCUCAUCACCAUCAUCAUCAUCAACAUCAUCUAACCAAUAAUAAUAAUAAUAAUAUCCAUCAACAGCUUAUAGUUAAUAUCAAAGAUGAAAUUGAUGAUAAAGUGAAUUUGAAAAAAUCAAUUGAUAAAUUAAUUAUCAACAGUAAUAAUAAUCAUGCAACUAAUAAUAUCAAUUCUUUGCAUAUAAAUGAUAAUAUUAUCAGUAAUCAUGAAAAUAAGUUGAUCUACACUAAUGAGAUUAGUAAUGAUAACAAUCAUGAUAACGAUGAUAAUGAUAAUAAGGAUAACAUUUAUACAUUAAGUACAAAAGAUUUCACUUUAAUUAAAAGGGAAUCGCCAACAACAAUUAACGAUACAAUUGUUGCAGUGGUUCCAGUUAUUCAAACGAUUACUGGAACAGGUAAUCAAGUACAAAUUCAACCGCAAUCAACAACAUCAAUAUUUAAUCGCGAUCAAUUAGCUUCACAUCAAACAACAACAACAUCAUCAUCAUCAAGUAUCAUCAACACACCAACAGCAUCAACAUUAAUUCAUGAAGAAAUAACCAAAGCCUUGGCGAUUAACACAAAACCGCCAUUAAGGGUAAUCGUUACAACAGAUACUCGACCAGGACCAAGUGGAUUAACAUCAAAAUCAUCAUCAGCAACAUUAUCAUUAACAACAACAAUCUCAGCUCAAAACAAUUGCUUCGAAGCAGCUGAUUCAAAUUCUGGAAAUACUCCAUCAAAGUCAUUCGUUCAAUGUAAAGUUUGUGGAGACAAAGCCUCAGGGUAUCACUAUGGAGUUACCUCUUGUGAAGGAUGCAAGGGAUUCUUUCGUCGGAGUAUCCAGAAGCAGAUUGAAUAUAAAUGUCUUCGUGAUGGUAAAUGCUUAGUUAUCCGGCUUAACCGUAAUCGCUGUCAGUAUUGUCGUUUCAAGAAAUGUCUUGCUGUUGGCAUGUCUAGAGACUCGGUCAGAUACGGUAGAGUUCCCAAGCGGUCACGUGAAAAGGGAGACGAUAACAGAGUGACCACUUCAGGAGCUGAACCAACAGAGACCAUUUUCAAUGAGAUGCAAUUAGCAACUUUUGAAAUGAUCGUUACCCUUUCGCAAGCUCAUUAUGCUCAUUGUUCAUAUACCGAGGAAAAGACCAGAGGUAUAAUGCGUAAACCGGCAAUAUUUACUAGUAUGGAUGAAUAUGGUUCACCUCAAUCGGAUUGUAGUCCAACCUCGGUAACUGCUGAUAGUUUGGAACAGCAAAAGAUUAAUAUGUGGCAGCGAUUCGCGGAUUUCAUUACACCUUCGAUAUCUCGAGUUGUCGAGUAUGCAAAACGGAUUCCAGGUUUCCUCGAAUUGUCUCAAGAUGAUCAACUAAUCCUGAUUAAAUCCGGUUUCUUUGAGAUUUGGCUUGUCCAUGUUUCCAAAAUGUUUGAUCCAAUUGACAAUACACUUACUUUCAGUGACGGCAAUUUUAUUACAAGACAACAAAUGGAGCUAAUGUUUGAUCAUGAAUUUGUCUCAUCAAUAUUCAACUUCAUGAUCGGAUUUAAUCAACUUCAUCUUCAUGAUAUUGAGAUCGGUAUAUUUGCUGCGAUUGCGUUAUGUUGUCCAGAUCGAUAUGGAGUUUAUGACGCUAAAGCUAUUCAUCGAAUCGAAGAGAAACUUUAUGAAGCGAUGAAAAUUCAAUCAGCUCGAACUCGAGGAUUCGACUCACGUUACCAUGAGAAUGUUGUGGUCAAGGUUCCAGAACUUCGAGCCAUUGGCAUCAAGCACGCUGAACAUUUAUCUUGGUUCCGAGGAAACUGGACUCGACUAAAGUUGCCCCCACUUUUUGCCGAAAUCUUUGAUAUCCCAAAAUCAGAAGACGAGCUUCUGUUAGUGGCUCAAUGAUGAUUUCCACAUGAUAAUCUGAACGAUUAAUCAAUAAUAAUUAAGUGAUAAUCUCUGAGAUAUAUAUACAAAAUAUACAUGGAUGAUGAUGAAAUUGAUUCUCUUGAUUUGAUUCUCAAUUUUAAUCACAAUCAAUUUAAUCUUUAUCAUCUCUCUCUCUCUUUUCUCACAUUUCGUUCUUGUAUAUAAAUCACUUAGCAAUUAAUUAUAUAUCUUGGCAUUAUUGUUAAUUAUUAUUGACAAUUUAUGAUUAUUAUCAUUAUUAUAUUAGGAAACAAAUAUGAUUUAAAUUGUGUAAAUUAUACAAUUUAAAUCAACUCUAUCUCUCUCUCUCUCUCUAUCUCUUUCUUAAACUAAUCACUACCAAACAUAAACGAGACCAAUUAAUUGACAAAUUUUUACCAACAAUUUACAAAAUCAAUCCAAUCAACCAACACAAGAAAGCAUUCAUCACAUUUAUAUAUUAUUACAAUUAAUAAUGAUAAUAAUCAAUCAGAUCCUUAUAUACACUCACACUGAUAAAUUAUACAAAACAAUUAACUAGAUGACGAUUUAAAUUGUUGUGAGUCUUGGGUUUGUCAAUGAUUAUAGUUAAAGAUAUAAAUAUAUAUAUACAAGUGUAAACAAAAUUAAUUGAUUGACAAUUAACUGAUGAUGAUUUGUCCACAGUUGAAAGUUUGUUUUUAAUUGUUUCUCUGUGGAUAAUUAAUUAAGAUAAAUUGUUUGCUGUAAGUGUGUUUGUAUGUGUCUAAUGAAAAAGGUUCAGUUAAUUGUUUUCAUUAAUCAGUGUCUUGUAAUUAAUUCAUCUUGACCAUUGAUCUAAUUAAUUGUUUAAGGAGAAGCAAAAAACAAAGUUAACAGUCAAUUAAUUUAAUCAAAAUGAUUAGUUAAUUGCUCUUAAUUAAGUCAUGGAAAAAUAUUGUUUUGUUUUGUUUUUGUUUUUCUUUGACUUUUCCCCUAAUCAAUUAAUUUAGUUUAAUUGUCAUCCUGAAAUCAUCAUCUCUUCCUGAAAGACUCAUCAUUAUCAUCAUUAUCAUCUUCAUCUUCAUCAUUUUUUAAAUUUAAAAUUGAUUAUAUCCCAUUAAUUAAAAGCUACAAUUAACUAAUUGUUAGGCCAAUCCACUUUGAACAGAUUCACUUUUGGUUAUCCCAAACUUUUGUAAUUAGUUUUAAUUUUUAUGACAAAACAAAUACAACAACAAAAUUAAGAUUGUCCAAUUUAAUCAAUUGUUAAUUGUAAACCACAAAAAAAAAAUACAAACCAAAGUGAUGUAAACAACAAUUAGUUAAUAGCUGAAAACAAUUAACGAUAAUAAUUUAUAACAAUGAUAAUAAUCACAAUUCCCAAAUAACUUUAAUCAUUAUAAAUGUUGAUAGAUGAAAGUAUAAUUUUAAUUUAUUUUUUCCCUCCACAGUUUUUUUAAUUAUCAUUAAUUGUGAAUACAUAAGAAAACCAUUUAAUUAUAAUAUAAAUUAGCACAAAGUGAUUAUUAUCAUUGUAUCAUUAUCAUUAUCAGUUAGUUAAUCCUAAUCCCCCAAUUUUGAUAAGAUUGUUAAAUUGUUAACUGGUUAUGAAAAGAGUCCAGAUUGAAGGAAAAAAAAAAAAUUAACUGAUCCAAACAAUUUAAUCAACAACAAUCCUGAUCAACAAUUAAAACCCCCAAUUUACAAAAUACAAACAACUUACAAAACAAACUUGAGGCACAAACGAAAACCACAAAAUCCACUUACAAUUAACUGUCGAGAUUAACUAAAUUAACCAUUUAAUCAUAAUUAGACAUCAAGUCAAUCAUCAUCAACAAAUCAUCUUCUCCACCCCCUUCCUCAUCUUCCCAAUUUCAUCUUCAUCAUUUCCUCUUCCUUUUCUAAUACUAUUAUUAUUGAAAAGAAGGAGAAAAAAAAAUUCCUUCUCUUUAAUUAUUGCAAAUUGAAAAUCAAUUUUUCUUAAUCUUCUAAUUAUUUUAUUUCUUUAUCUUCUCUCUCCCUUAAUCCCUUAAUCCCUCUCUCUCUCUCACACUCCCUCUCCCUCUCUCUCUCACUCUCUUAUUGUGUUUAAUCAUCUUUCAUCUCUGUUGCUAAAUUAAAUUGUAAAUCCUCCUCUUCUUAAUCCCUUUUCUGUUUAAUGAAAAUAAAAAGCUUACAAGAUAAGUUUCAUUGAUAAAUAAA